AUGGCCGGACGCGGAGGUGGUAAAAAGGAAAUGGAUCCUGAGGAACUCAUGAGACGGAAAUUUCAUAUGAAGUGUCUCUUCAAAGCAUUAGGCCGUUUAGUAAUGGCCAAUGCGUAUUGGCUUAUUGAAGGGGUAGACCAAUAUGAAGGAAUAGAUGAUGUCAAACGGAGAGUUGAACAAGCUGUUCGCAGUAAGGCCAAGAAGAAACAACUCCUAUCCAUAAAUGAUAAAGCACUGUUGAACAAACCAGCUAUGGAUCGUACAGACCACGAAAAGAAGUACAUUUUUCGUAUUAUUGGUGGUCUUAAAUGUUUUAAACGAUAUCCAAAUCACGUUAAAAAGAAGCUAGCGGCUGUGACUUAUUUCAAAUAUUAUGGUCCAGGACGUACAAUAGUUCGUCAGCACCAGGAAGCACAUGCGUUGUACUUUAUAAUAAGCGGUGACGUCAUCGUCAGUCAAAUGAUUUUUGAUGAAUUACUCCAAAAGUACCUGUCAGUUGAUGUAGGUGUCAUGCAUCCUGGCGAUAUGUUUGGUGAAGUGUCCUUGCUACAUAACAUACCAAGAACUGCUACUUGUACAACUGCUGAUCACUGUGAAUUAUUGGCUCUAAUGAAGGAGGACUUCAAAAAUGUCCUCCAGGCUUCAGUACAAAAACAGUGGGAUGAGGUUCGACGUGCUAUGUCAGCUUUUACCUACUUUGAUGCUCUAGACGAGGUCGCUCGACGCGAAGGUUGCAUAGUUGCCAAGAUGAAAUCUUACGAAGCAAAUGAAACGCUUCUUGGAGAUGGCGUGGGUGUUGCCAAUUUCGUUUAUUUUGUUCUAUCAGGAAGAUGCCAGAUGAUAGAAUCUUUACAAGUUACUGUCACUACGAGGCUGGGAAAACAUUACUAUGCUUUAUUUGAUCCAUACGUUCCAAAAGAAGAAAGUGAGCAAGAUUUUGAUACUAAGUAUUUUGGAGCGUACACAAAGAAUAAAGAAGGACAGGACUCGAUAAACCAUGAAAGUGGCGAAGGGUCAAGUAGAAGUAUUAUGAAAACAUCCACGUCAAAUGGUAAAAGAGAAUCUACGAAAGUGCUCAAACUAGCCAGCGAUGAAAGAACAGAGUCAGUUCCAAGCUCAUCUGCUGAUGAAGAAAUUAUAAGACGUAGCAAAAUCAGCGUAGAUUUUAAUAUUCCAAGUGAUACCAAAUCUCAAGAGCUAUUGAGACCAUCGCUGCAAAGGUCACAACGCGAUUCUAUUAGACUAAGCGUGAUUCCUGAAGAUGUGCAAGCUGGAUUACGACCGCCUCCAAACACUCGCACUUACUUUAUGCAGGUGUGUCAAUUAAACCCAGGUUCCAGUUUUGGUUUUGGUGAGAAUAUGCGUGAUCGUCGCAUAGUCGCCCUAACACCUGUAAAUUGCAUGCUCUUACCUAUGAUUUGGCUCUUACAAAGGAACACAGCCAACAUUUGGUCUAGGAUUCAACAUUACUUGGAGAAGAAGAUACCAAAUAAGAAACAGCUGUUCAAAGAGUUUGUAGCCGCCCGUCGCUGGCAGGAGUUCCGUGAACAGCUUGUGGACGACGUCGUUGCCCGCUCCAACACCGUCAAUUGGACCACUGUCCACGACGUGCCUUACUCCAUACGGAUGGAAGAAAUGCUUGACAUAUGA